GGACAUCAGAACUUUUCGAAAAACUUCAGAGUCAAUUAUAUAAAUCUAAAUUAACUAAUGAAAAUAUCAUUAGUAUUACCACGAACAAUAUUGAUAAUAUUGUGAAAGAGUCUUUGUCACAAAUGCAAAUUGAAAUCAUUUCAUGUUUUGCAGAUAUUUUACAAUUUAGCAUUGAAUCAGCACUUUCUUUUGCCAAUGAUAUUAUAAACAAAUCAAAAAAUUUGAUCAAAAUUUUAAGCAAUAACACGAAUCGACAAAAAUUAAGAAACAUUCAGCAGCAAAUUGAUUCAAAUAUCAAACACCCAUUGGAUGUUGUAAAAGUAGACAAAGAUUGGAGUUCGAUAUAUUGUGCUAUUCAUCGUUUAAUAAUUUUGCAACCUUCAAUUCGAUAUUUUAGUGCAAAAAAUAAAAAACUAAAAGAAAAUAUGUUUUCAGAUGAUAAAUUUGACAUAUGUAGAGAACUUGACAUCAUCUUAAAUUUAUUCCAUGAAUUAACUGAAAUGUUAAAAGGUUCAAAAUAUCCUGCAUUGAGUUUUGUGACCUCAGCAAUUGAAAAUCUUAAGCAACGUCUUAAUAUUUAUCAACUUAAAAAUGAUGUUAUUCGGCAAAUAAUAAAUAAUAUACUAGACAUUUUUACAAAAAACUUUGGCGUACCUUCAACUCUUGGACUAUAUGGAUCUUUUUUUAAUCUUCAUUUCAAAAAGAUGCUUUAUAUUGACAGAGUUCUUCGAUGUCAAAUUUUAGAUAAACUUCGAGAACAAUUUACAGAACUUGUAAAACCAGUAACUCCUAACAAUUUAGAUAAGGACUCAAAAAU